AUGGGAAACGAGACGGUGCCAACAACCCACAGCUUUUUGGACGGCUGCUACCUGCAGCACGACGCGUACAGCGGGGCAGCAACCCUGGUCUCGUUCCACUUUGUCCGCUACAUCCUCUUCACAGUUAUGUUCACCGUUGCCGGGCCCCUCGUAUACCGACUCGUAGCUGCCUUCUUCGAUCUCGAGCGCGACUUCAAGAGCUUGGUCGAUCAUUUCGACGACAUCACCAACAGCCUGAUAUACUCGUACAUAGUCUUCACGCUAGGCAACUACUCGCACACGUUCAGCUGGGUCACACUUGUGUUCUAUUUUGUCGGGAUCCUGGGAUACUCGGCGCUAGUGGAAAUUCCGUUCAUGCGCGUGAGUCUGCCCGGCUGGCGGGACUGGUCGAAGCCGGCCUGGGCGGUGACACUGGCAGGCUUGGCGGUGGUUCUGGUGGCCGCUGGCUUCCACAUCCACUGGGCGGCGCGCGCCGGCAUUAUCGAAUGGUACCUCCCGUUGUUCGUGCUGGCAACGGCCAGCGUGUGGGCAGGCGCCAUUGUCAAGGCUGCACACCACUAUUGCGCCGACAAUUGUCCUGAGGGUCUUGGAAUCGAACGCAUGCUGCGCAGGUUUGCCCUGGUUUUGUUCACACGCCGCAGCGGCGAUGGCCGUCGCCGCCGCCAGGAGGAGCAGCGCGCUCAGCAUAUCCAAUUGGUCGAGCGUGCCGAGCGCUACGCAGAGGCGCAGUUUGCGCAGUCCCGCAGCUCGCUCAACAACAGCGACGUGAAUCCCAGUGCCAUCUCGCCAAAUGCCAUUUCGCCCAGCACCACCGGCAACCACUCGGAUGGGCCGUUUGCCAGCUCGGCGCGGCUCAACAUGCCCAUUGACAACUCGAACCGCGAGCGUAUCAACACCAUGACCCGCGAGGAGAAGCACAAGAUUAUCGAGCAGCGGCUCAAAAACCUGCAUUACCUGAACGUCGAGACUGACGGACCCCUGCCGAUAUACCGAUACCGUGUGCACCUGCACCAUUGGCAGAUAUUCUAUAUCCUGGCCUUCUUCACAAGAUUCGACAAGUUUGCGUCAAAGAUGUGUGCCGGGCUUGUGCUGGGCAUUGUCACCCAAGGCAGUGCUGCGUAUGGAUUCGACGCGAUGAUGGAGCGCAAAGGCGAGUAUCAUGGAUAG